UGACCUCAUCCCUAUGAUCUCUGCAUGUUAAUUUAUGUAGCAAAAAAGGACUUGGCAGAUGUGAUUGAGGAUGGUGAGAUGGGGACACUGUCCCCACUAUCUGGGAGGACCUUAAAUGUAGGCCUGUAUAAGGGAGUAGAGGACAGGUGACAGUGGAGGAGGCCAUGUGCCCACAGAGGAGAUUAAAGUGAUGCACAAACCAAGGAUUGCCGGCAACCAUCAGAAACUGGAAGACGGGGAAGGAUCCUCCCUGGAGCCUCUGAACAGCAAGGAACCUGUCUGCAUGGAAACCACCCAGACACCCUCAGGUGUGCACGUGUCCCAGGGAAGGUCAGGCUGCCAACCUUUAAAGCCUGGGGGAGCACACGCUGCCCUGCAGAACCCCGAGCCCAGCAGCACUGCCAGGACCUCACUGCCGUGCUUCCUCAGAGGCUUCCCUUUGUAGACUAUUUUUUCCUUACAGAAGGAGAAAAUUGAUAUAAAAGAAACUCUAGAUUCUUGGCAGAAUUGCUGUCAUCUCUGUGGACAUCAUCGUCACCUCAGGAUGAGGGGAGUGAGGCUGCUGGGAGAGCUGCUGGCCCUAGCCGGCCUGCUGCAGGUGGCCCCGUCGCUGAGAAUUACAGCCUUCAACAUCCAGACUUUUGGGGAGACCAAGAUGUCCAAUGCCACCCUGUCCAACUACAUUGUGCAGAUUCUGAGUCGCUACGACAUCGCCCUGGUCCAGGAGGUCAGAGACAGCCACCUGACGGCCGUGGGGAAGCUGCUGGACAAACUCAAUCAGGAUGCACCAGACACCUACCACUAUGUCGUCAGUGAGCCACUGGGACGCAACAGCUACAAGGAGCGCUACCUCUUCGUGUACAGGCCUGACCAGGUGUCCGUGCUGGACAGCUACUAUUACGACGACGGCUGUGAGCCCUGUGGGAAUGACACCUUCAGCCGAGAGCCCGCCAUCGUCAAGUUCUCCUCCCCGUUCACGGAGGUCAGGGAGUUUGCCAUCGUGCCCCUGCACGCAGCCCCAGCAGACGCGGUGGCUGAGAUUGACGCCCUCUACGAUGUCUACCUGGAUGUCAGGCACAAGUGGGACAUGGAGGACAUCAUGUUGAUGGGUGACUUCAACGCUGGCUGUAGCUACGUGACCCCCUCCCAGUGGCCAUCCAUCCGCCUGCGUACGAAUCCUGCCUUCGAGUGGCUGAUUCCUGACUCGGCUGACACCACGGUUACGUCCACGCACUGUGCCUACGACCGCAUUGUGGUCUCAGGGUCUCUGCUCCAAGGCGCCGUGGUUCCAGGCUCGGCUGCCCCUUUUGACUUCGAAGCUACCUACGGCCUGAGCAACGAGCUGGCCCUGGCCAUCAGUGACCACUACCCAGUGGAGGUGACAUUGAAGAGAGCCUGACCUGAGCAGUACGCGGCAACCUCAUGGACUAUGUCACCGAGGCACCCUGCCUUCUCAGAGCCUGG